GAAUUGUUGCUUUUUGAGAAAAUCCACCGAAACUGGCGACUGGCGACCUGCUGUGCUGACUUUGCACUACUGCUGUGCCGAAAAAGUACGCGACACCUCUGACCGAUAUGGACUGCAAGCCUACGCUCCUAGGAAAGUGAGGACGUAGCGCCAGGAUCCUCUGAGACACGUUACGCGCGCGGCGCUCCCGUUGGUGUUGUUCUCCACAUUGGUCGUCAGGUUGGUGAUGAUAUGAAUGCCAGGAUGGACGUCGGGACAGCGACACCUCGACUGGUUGUGCGGCCAUUUGACGAAGGCCCAGUUGAAGGCAGCAGUAGUGCUGAACGAGAAGAUGGUGGUAUUAGUAACACCAGCAGCAACGGCGGCUUGAGCGGAGAGGUGCAGCCGGCCGGGAUAUCGGAGGGUGAAGAUAGCAAAAACAGGGAUACCGUGUCCAAGAAGGGGUUCCAGCGUUGGCUGAGGCCUCCUUCUCCGAUACCCGGCUUGAAGAAGAAGUUCCGCAGCAAGCGCUCGAGAGGAGGUAGCCUGGACGGCCAAGUUCUGCGCGCCUUGUCGGGGGUGGAUCGGGAAGGAGACUUUGUGCUCACCCCCGUGGGGUCCGACGGCACCAACUAUGCCGGUGAUUUGGAUACAAGCGCUGGCACCGACGCCUUGGACGAUGCUGGUAGUGACAACAGUGGUGCAGGCGUUGGCGUUGAGGAAGGGGGUGUUAGUGCAGAAGCGGUAGCAGCGAACCUUAGAGGGGGGGGAAGGGGGGAAGGAGAAGACCGCAGCACCGGGCAGCCGAAACGAUCCAUCAAGCUCGCGAGGGGUCUCUCGAACGUGGCCCGGCGGCUCACGAAGCGGUCGGUGGGGUCGUCGGAGGCGAAUAUCUACUUGCGUGCGCACGAUGCUGAUUUCGACGGCGAUGGGGACAGAUCGUACACCGGGGGUUGGGGCAAUAGCCCAACGUCGCCGGAGCAUGGCGAGAGGCACAGGAAAUUGCCCCAAGACUGGCAUGUACCGCUCACAAGCACGAGCCCCGUGACGCCCCCGCUGGCGUCGCCGCCGCCGCAAGCUGACCAAGGCAGGCCUCCUCGCAGCAGCACCAGCAGCCGGCGGCCUUCUCCGACAACAAGCGGAGAAAUGUUGAUGCCGGGGCUGCCUCCGCAACUGCCACGAAUCACUCGAGGCUUCACGGACCCGGGGAGUCCGGGCGAUAGCCGGAGGUUCGAGGGGACGGUAACGGGCGUGGGCAACGAAUCGCGCAGGAAGGAAGAUCUACUGGAAAAGGGGGCAGACGGCGUGUGCAGGGCAGAGGCACGGGAACAGGAGGGGAAGCCGGAGGUGGCCAGAGGCCGGCCUGGGCUGUUGGAAGGGAGCAACAGCAAGAGCCUGUCUCCGAAGGGGGGGUGGGAGGGCAUCAGGGAGAGACAUCGAAGCCGCUCGGCCUCCCCAAAGCGUGUGAAUCCCUUCAACCGCAAGCCCGUGUCACCCUCUUCAACGGGGAACGGCCAAGACCAAGACCAAACCCAAGGCCGAGGCCAAGAUGGCCAGGAGGGCCACACCGAUCAAGCAACUAGCAGCUUCAACCCGGCAUCACCAGUCACUACAAGCGCAACCCCGCGUUCCAACGAGGUGACAGCGCCACAAGCGACGAGCAAAGCGAAACUCAACGCCGAAAAGAUUCUCCUUGGAAGGUCCAGGAGUGACGAAGUCAUCCACGGCCAUGUCAAGCGGGGCGACUCGGGACACCCAUCAAGCGUUGUUGAGGAUGCCCCAGCUGCUCCCGUGAAGGUUUCGCCCUGUGUGCCAGCGGCCCAGCCCCCGGAGCUCAAGUACGGCGACAGGCUGAGGCUCAAAGCCAGAGUUCACCACAGGCCCUCCGGAGGGAGUGACAUCUCGGUCGGCGCGUUGGGAGAAGGUGGUGCUGGUCCCCCAGCUGAAAGCGCGGUGGGAGGAGGCGGGGGCUUUGUCGGUUCGCUGGAGAAGGUGCAGAAGGUGUCGACGAAGCUGUUCAGGAGGAACGAGGUGGCGGUGAUCAGCCAGUCCGAAGGGAAUAACGCCGCGGGAUUCACCAGCUGCCACUUCAAGGCCGUUGACCCCGAGAACAAGAAAAAGGACGGGGACAUAGUGCGCUACGGCGAUGUGAUCUUCCUGGUUGACGACAGGAACUACGUGUGGAGCGACAACGGGCACUUGUUGCCCGGAUCGUUAAGGAUGAAGUCCAGGGGAUCGAAGCGGCAAAUCGCGGUGAGCUUCAAGCCCUUCUUGGCGCCGCUGAAACUUGAUGCCAACAACGAAUUGCCUGCAGUGGUGUUCAGCACGCACGGACUACAGAUCAUGACGGUCGAGUACGGCAGCAAGGACCAGAACAUCAAGAAGCGGCGCACGUCUACGAGGAAGAACUUCCAUGCCCUGACCGCUUUCUCGAAGAAAAACAGCGGCAAUCCUAGCGUCAACGGGGCAUUUCUCUGCGCAGACGGACGAGGAGAGGGGGUUGUGUUUGAAGUGCAUCUACCCAACGAGAGUCCCAUCGGGGACCCUUCUCCCGUAGUGACCAAGGUUACGGUCCACGUGGAUGAAAAGCCCCGGCUGCACGACAAGAUGUCAUAUCUCCUCCCGCUCUCGACCAAGGUGCAUGAGGCCCACUGGCCGUCCGAGGCUCUGACGGCCCCUCUCUCUUGCGUGGCAGCGGACGGUAGCGGUACCGGACAGGGUUCGAGUGCCUCCGGAAUCAGACUAGAGGACGGAAUCUCGCAAGGGAGCGAGAAGCCCCGCCCAAAGUCAAUGGUAUCCAAAGUUUUGCCCGUCGGGCGGAAGCUGAAAAAAGCCCACAAGCGGCGGAGCAGCCUGAGCCAGAAGAGGCCAAAAAGCGCCAGCGUCGGGCACAGCCGCAGUGCGACGUCUGGACGGGGCUUCAUGGUGCCUGCAAGCAUCCCCAGCCCUGCAUGCUCUCCGACCAACUCAGAGCUUUCUCGAAAUAAUCUGGAUGGAGACGACGAAGAACUUCUUGUGUCAGAGGAAGGGGGUGCCUUGUCGGACGGAGACAUGGUGGAGGGGCUUAGGUGGGGCGACUCCGUGAGGUUCAAGAUGCCUGACGAGGGGCAGGAGAUACUGGAUGACAAGUUGAUGACGCUGAGACUUUCCAACGGCUACACGGCGACGCUGACCAGUGAAGAGCUCCGGAAACACGCGGGGCUAGGCAAAUUUCCAGUCAAGGCCAUCAAGAUGAAAGGAUCGCAAGCCCUUAAUCAAAGCGGGGAUCUUCCGAGCGGGAACGGCCUAGUUUUUCUCAAGUGCAUGCUCACUCCUUGCAGCUGUUCUGAGACUGACAACGCCGCCGCCGACACCGGUGCUGCCUCUGUGACGCCUUUGGGGCAGGGAGAAGUGGUGGGGCUGGCAGAACGUGUUUUCCAUAACGUGUCGCGCAUCCUCUUUCCGGACGCCGGAGGAAAGGUUGAAGCCUCCUUUUCCGGAGGUUUUGUCUUGGGUGUUGUCAAAACCUCCGCCCUCAAAGGAGUCUUGCCAAGGAUAUCGAGGAGCGUCGCGUUGUUCCUUGUUCUGGCGGUCGGUCUCCUGUCUUUGUCGACGAUCCAGAGCAGUUUCUCGUCGUGGCCGAUUUCGAUGUCGCGAGCACCUCUAUCGACCGUCAAAGCAGCACCUUCUGCUGCCCCCAGCCCUUGCACCUCGGUGUGGGACCUCCGUAGACCGGACGGCACGGAGUACCCUCACGACCAGCUCAGCGCCGCAGCCGCCGCGCUCGCUGCCCCGGAAGAAGCGAACAACCAAGACAACUGGCAGCAAGGUUCUCCACAGGAUGGUGAUGGGGCAGGCGGCACGACCAGAAGCGAGGCGGCGCAUCCCCGCGGGGAGGGCGGAAACGGGCGUGUGAGCCCCGCCAGCUAUCCCGGAGGCGGGCGAGCCAUCUCUGCGGAGGACACCGCCAUCACGGCACCCCAGACCGCCGCUGGACACCAGGCCGAGGCUGAUGGCGUUGGUGUAAGGAGGACUUUGGCCGGCGAUGGCGGUGUUGGCGGCGGUUGGCAUGCUCAGGGGUACGCCCAGGAAGGGGCCGACGCCGGCGUUGGCAUGGACCCGUGGGUGGGUGCGAUCGGCUUGGCGGCUGUUGCUUUCGCGGUGGUGCUCGUGAAGGGGCUGUUUGGCAUCGGGGGCACGUCUUCCCCACCAGAAACGCCGUCGCCCUCGGGCCCUAUGCAGGCCCAGGUGGUUUUGUUGGGAUGGGAUGGGCGAAGAAUGAGCGAGGCGACAGCGGCUACGGAGGACAUCGACAACUUGUUUUACCCCCCCCCCAGUGGGUCCUCUCUGGCACCGAUGCCGCACCGCUUCCUGCUGGCCGAGAGCAUGGACGUGGCCAAAGCUUGGGCGAGGUGGGAAGCCACCCUAGACUGGAGGAAGGAAACCGAGGCGGACACCAUCCUCGACAGACCCCACCCCAAGUUUGCGCUGAUCAAGAGCAAGUACGCCCACUGCUUUCACCUCCCGGACAAGGAUGGGCGGGUGACUUACUACGAGAGACCUGGCAUGUCUGACAUCGCUGAGCUCAAGAGGCUGGGCAUCACAAAGUCGGAACUGCUGGACCACUACGUGUACUGCAUGGAGUUCUUGUGGAAGGUGCUCCAGCCCAGGCAAAGCCAGCGCAUCACGAUUGUGAUCGACUUGGCGGGAGUGAGGUUCAGGGACCUCGUCGGCGAGUCGUUGGCGUUCCUCAAGACCAGCGUGGGCAUGAUGUCGAGGCACUAUCCGCAGCGCUCGUUUAAGAUUAUGAUCCUGAAUGCGCCGUCAUUCUUCAACUCGGUGUUCGCGCUAGUGAAACCGAUGCUGAACGAGGCGACCAAGAAAAAGAUCGACCUGUUGCCCGUCGCCAAUGUGGGAGACGAGAUGCUCAAGGUCAUUCCAUCCGAGCACCUUCCUCUGCAUUACGGUGGCGCAGGGGAGGUGGCGUUGGGGAGCUCUCCGCAAGAACUGGCGAUGCUGGCCCACGUGGAAAAGGUGCUGGCGGAGAAUGGUCAAAGCAUGCAGAAAGCUUCCUGAUACAACCGAAUGGUCGAAGUAUACAGAAAGCUUCCUGAUACUACGGAGGUUAGAGUAAGCGGGAUCAAACGAUUUUGGGGAACCGCGAUAGAGGAGACAGAUAGCCAAACAGAAAGCGUUGUGUACAUCGGCUGCCGGAGGUGGGAAGUCAAAACGAAACGUGUGGCUUCUUUUUUUGCCUUUGCAGCCUUUGUCGUAUCUAUGAGUCGGGUACACUUUCCUUUGAACCUUUCCCUGUGACUUUUGUGGUUGUCGUGGCGGUAGCGCCAGCGCAGUCUGUGUUGUCGGGUGUGGCCGGGGGUGUAUGACAGAAGCACGGCUCGAACAUGCUUCGUGUUGGGAGGGUUACGGAGAGGUCGCCAUCAGAUUUUGCUUGUGUUGGUGAUGCGUGUGGUGUUCAGACAUGCAUAUGUAGAUAGCACGAUAGGUGCGUACAACCAGCGUAGACUAAGGUAAGUAAGAUAAACAUCAGCGUGGUGGAUUCUGAGAUCUGCUUCUCGCCGGUUUGGCAACUGCAUUCUGGUGCGGUUGUUGGUGUCGGAUCAGCAUGUAACCGUGCUAUGUUCAUCUUGAUCCGUACGUUGCUCUUGCUGUGAAAAUUUGUGCUCACAGCCAGAAACGGCAAGGAUCCUUUCAAGAGUCCCUCGAUGGCGCACAGACGGUCAAGUCUUGCUGCUGCUUUUUUUUUUCCGGUAUCGGGAUCCAAGCCCUAGAACAAUGAUAUCCGUUGGCGACCUUUGCUUGGGAUGGACAAGUAACACCUGGGUUUGUGUACGGGGGCUUGAAAACCCAGCGUUAAGGUUUAGAGGGCUAUGAAAUCGCGUCGGGCUCGGUGUCACGAGUGGUGUACGAAUAUUUUCAGGGUGGGUCGAUUGGUAAGACCUGGGUCAGCAGGGAUGUUUCUCAAUAAUUUUUGUCUCAGGUAUGCUAGAAUUCAGAGGUUGUUGAAAUGGGACAGUGUCUGUGAGGUUUGCUUCGGCGUCUUUCAUUUGCGCGACGUGUAGACGCAAGAAAGUCGAAGUGCAUGCACUCUUAUCUGUCGCAUGUAUAAACUUGGGAAAUAACGUUCUACGAUCGCGCGUCGAAUGGUGUUAGUUCAUGUUGCGAUCGUUUGGUCUGAUUUCGCGACAAACGCAGCCGGGGUAGGAGCCAGUGGUGUUGGUGGGAAGGUAAAGUUCAUGUGCAGUUUUUGCUGUGGGUGGAAUGUUUUGGCUGAUGUGAAGGGCGCUGGUCGCUGGGUGCUUCAUUGGAGGUUGAUUGCACACGAAACGUCGCUCAAGUACAACGGGAAUAGAUUCACUUCCUCGGAUAAUCUAUGCCCGUUGUACUUGAGGGUACCAGCUUAGGUGGAUUGAAUCGACCGCGUAGCUGCAAGGCGGUUCGCGACAACACAUACAGAAGUUGCAUGUACUAUUACUUUUUUUGGCCGAUGCAAGACGAUGGCACCAUGUUGACGUUUCGAUAGGAGAGGGGGGAACGGUAACAUGUUAGUCCCCAAGUUCAUAAUAACCAAUCCCACCCAUGCUUACAACUGUCUCUGGA